GCAGUCGCCGCCGGGCUGUGCGAAGCCCGAGGUUGCCGCGCGGACACUGCGAACGGGGGCCCGGGCGCCGCGGAGAGCAUGAGGCUGUGCUGGCUGCCCGUCUUGCUCCUCGCCGCGGAGAUGCCUGCAGUGGAAGGCAAUUGUGAGAGAAACGAGUUCCAGUGCCAAGAUGGGAAAUGCAUCGCCUACAAGUGGGUUUGUGAUGGGAGUGCCGAGUGCCAGGACCAGUCUGAUGAAUCCCCGGAGACAUGUAAGUCUGUCACCUGUAAGGUGGAGGACUUCAGCUGUGGGGGUCGCAUCAACCGUUGUAUUCCUGAGUUCUGGAGAUGUGACGGCCAGAUAGACUGCGAGAAUGGCUCGGACGAGCAAGGCUGUUCCCCCAAGACCUGUUCCCCAGACGAGUUCCGCUGCCGUGACGGCAACUGCAUCGCCCCAGAGUUCGUCUGCGACUUGGACCGAGACUGCCUGGACGGCUCGGACGAGGAAUCCUGCCCCCCGCCCACCUGCGGCCCCGCCAGCUUCCAGUGCAACAUCUCCUCCUGCAUCCCCGAGCUGUGGGCCUGCGACGGCGACCCCGACUGCGAUGACGGCUCCGACGAGUGGCCGCAGAACUGCGGGGGCCGCAACACGUCAGCCAGGCACGGGGACGAGCCCUGCGUGGCCAGCGAGUUCCACUGCCGCCGCAGCGGCGAGUGCAUCCACCGGAGCUGGCGCUGCGACGGCAGCGCGGACUGCAAGGACAAGUCCGACGAGGAGAACUGCGCUGUGGCCACAUGCCGGCCUGACGAGUUCCAGUGCUUCGAUGGGACCUGCAUCCAUGGCAGCCAGCAGUGUGACAGGGAGCAUGACUGUAAGGACAUGAGUGAUGAGCUUGGCUGCAUCAAUGUGACUCUGUGCGAGGGCCCCAACAAGUUCAAGUGCCACAGCGGCGAAUGCAUCACCGUGGACAAAGUGUGCAACUCGGUCCGGGACUGCCGGGACUGGUCAGAUGAGCCCCUCAAGGAGUGUGUGACCAACGAGUGCCUGACUAACAAGGGUGGCUGCUCCCACCUCUGCAAAGACCUCAAGAUUGGCUACGAGUGCUCGUGUCCUGAGGGCUUCCGGCUGGCGGACCAUCGAAGAUGCGAAGAUAUCGACGAGUGUGAGGACCCCGACGCCUGCAGCCAGCUCUGUGUGAACUCCGUGGGCAGCUACCAGUGCAAGUGUGAAGAGGGCUUCCGGCUGGACCCCUUCACCAAGGCCUGCAAGGCUGUGGACACCAUCGCCUACCUCUUCUUCACCAACCGCCACGAGGUGAGGAAGAUGACGCUGGACCGCAGCGAAUACACCAGCCUCAUCCCCAACCUGAAGAACGUGGUCGCCCUGGACGUGGAAGUGCAAGCCAACAGGGUCUACUGGUCCGACUUGUCCCAAAGGAAGAUCUACAGCACGCAGAUCCACAGAGAGUCCAACUCCUCCUAUGACACCAUCAUCGACGAGGGCCUGCAGGCCCCCGACGGGCUGGCCGUGGACUGGAUCCACGGCAACCUCUACUGGACGGACUCCAUGCUGGGCACCGUCUCUGUGGCCAACACCAAGGGCGUGAAGAGGAAGACCCUCUUCAAGGAGAAAGGCUCCAAGCCGAGGGCCAUUGUGGUGGAUCCCCGUCACGGCUUCAUGUACUGGACAGAUUGGGGGACCCCUGCCAAGAUCAAGAAGGGGGGCCUGAAUGGCGUGGACAUUCACUCACUGGUGACAGAGGACAUCCAGUGGCCCAAUGGCAUCACCCUGGUGCUCAUACCAACAGGUCAGGUGACAUGGUCUAGUUCAAAAUGGGGUUCUAUUGAGAACCUCCGCGGUUCGGGGGCUGGGAAGACAGUGGUCCGCCCAUCCCAGUGGCUAAUGGGGUCUGUCAUCUUCCUCACUGCCCCUUAGGAUAAAGUAUUUUGGACGGAUAUCAUCAACGAAGCCAUUUUCAGUGCCAACCGCCACACGGGGUCCGACAUUAAUCUGAUGGCAGAAAACCUGUUGUCCCCGGAGGACAUUGUCCUUUCCCACCGCCUCACGCAGCCAAAAGGGAUAAACUGGUGUGAGACAACUUUCUACUCCUACGGCGGCUGCCAGUACCUGUGUCUCCCGGCCCCACAGAUCAACUCCUACUCACCCAAGUUCACCUGUGCCUGCCCUGAUGGCAUGUUGCUGGCCGAGGACAGGAGGAGCUGCCGCCCAGCCUCGGAGGACGUUCCUAUCAAAGAGGACAGGAAGGAGAGGCCCCGGGGCGUGGGCUGGCUCUACAUUGUCCUCCCCAUCGUGCUGCUCACCCUCCUGUGCUUCGGGGCCUUCCUCCUCUGGAAGAACUGGCGGCUGAAGAGCAUCAACAGCAUCCACUUUGACAACCCCGUGUACCAGAAGACCACGGAGGACGAGGUGCACAUCUGCCACAGCCAGGACGGCUACACCUACCCCUCGAGACAGAUGGUCAGGAUGGAGGAUGACAUGGCAUAAGCCGCUGCCUCCAGUCCUGCCCCUCCCAGAACCUGCUGCUGGUCAAGGGCAGGAAGAACACUUUCUCCCCAAACCCUUGACCUUUCCAAAACCCUUCUUCAGACCUCCGACGCCCGCCCGUUCCGUUCAGAGAAAGAAGCGGCCAAAGCCCUGCUGGCAGCUGACCUCGACGCUGGCAGCCACGGGCCUGUCUGCCAGAGCUUUGUUUUAUAUAUUUAUUCGUCUGGGAGGCAGGCGACAGAGCACACGGAAUGGGUUUUGGUUGAAACAUUUUUCUUGACCUUUUCUCCUCAAUUGGCUCCUCACCUGAGGAACAAAUGGACGGAGGGACACCAAGCAAGAGAAAGCAAGUGGCUUUGAAUCGAGAGCAGGUGAUGCCCACAGGGUCCCAGGCAGCUGCCGAGCCUCUAACCUCAGGAGUAAAUGUGUUUACCUCUGCCUUGCAAGCCUUGGUGGACGCCAGAGUCGGCUUCUGCUCUGCCUCCCCCCGAUCAGGACGAAAUCCGUUUCCUAAGCCGAGUGUGUGCCCUCUCCUUCAUCCGGGACAUGGCGUGGACAUGGCGGAAUCCAGCACACCGGGGCGGCCAACUGAGCCCACUCAUUCAACAAAACCUCAACAGUUCCCCAGGGAAAGCCUGAGCACCCUUUGCCCUUAAUAUUUAUCGAGGGCCCGCGCUCCCCGGGCACCUUGUGUGUGAGGAUUAGUGCCCUCCGACCUCUAGCAGUGCCCUUCAGCCCAGCCCAGCCGUGCCCCAGCCCUAGCCCC